AUGGCGUUGGUUACCCAAAACGAGGAAUCUGAGAAGGCUGAAGAAGGAGAAGACUACAUGACAGGAUUCAAACUAUGGCUCAUGCUACUCUCUCUCGUCUUCAGUAUUUUUCUUAUUUCCCUGGAUAUAACUAUUGUUGCUACAGCAAUUCCGGCCAUUACGAAUCAGUUUCAUCGCCUCGAAGAUCAAGCAUGGUACAGCGCAAUCUACCUUAUGACAUCCGGCGGCUUUCAAUCGACAUGGAGCAAGAUUUAUCAGUAUUUCCCACUCAAGAUUAGCUUUCUAGGUGCAAUGGCCGUCUUCGAAAUCGGAUGUCUCAUCUGCGGCGCGGCCCCUUCAUCUACUGUCUUUAUUAUUGGCCGCACAAUUGCGGGGAUUGGAGCAGCAGGCGUGAGCUCUGGCGCCUACACCAUAUGUGCCUACAUAUCUGAGCCCAAGAAGAGGGCAGUGCAUACUGCUAUUCUCGGUGCCAUAUUUGGUAUUGGCAGCAUCCUGGGUCCUUUGCUGGGGGGUGUCUUCUCCGAGGAGUCUACUUGGCGAUGGUGUUUCUACAUCAACCUUCCCAUUGGAGUCCUCCCGAUCGUAUCAACGAUAUUGUUCUUCAACACACCGAAAGCCGCAAAGCCUCGGGAAGCGCCGAUGAAGGAGAAAUUACUUCAACUCGAUCCUCUCGGAACGAUAAUUCUGAUGGGAGCCAUCAUCACCUAUCUUAUGGCUGUUCACUAUGGUGGCCAGAUAGAUCUAUGGAAUUCUGCGCGUGUAAUUGGUCUCCUUGUAGCCUCAAUUAUAUUCUUCAUCAUCUUUGCGUUCAUCGAACGUUGGCAGGACGAAAGAGCCAUGGUCAUUCCCAGGCUAUUUGUGAAGCGAGAUAUUGGUGUUGCACUCUUCUAUACCUCUUUCCAAGGCGGCGCACUCUUUUCUAUGAUCUACUACUUCCCGCUCUACUUUCAAGCCAUACGCGGCACUGAUCCAGUCAUAUCUGCUGUCCACAACUUACCGUUGAUCAUUGCUGCCAUGGCUUUAGCCAUUGGUUCUGGCAUCUUCAUCUCUAACACUGGUUUGGCCAUACCUGUCAUGGUUGGUGGAUCCGCAAUAGCAACACUUGGAUGUGGUCUUUGCUACUUGUUCGAUCUCAAUACUAGAGCAGGUGUUUGGAUCGGAAUCCAGAUCGUCGUUGGUAUCGGUCUCGGUUGCGCAUUCCAAGUGCCCAUCAUGGUCGGUCAGGUUAGCGUUGAUGUGACCGAUCUACCAGCCGCGACAGCCAUGAUUCUGUGCUUUCAAACUAUCGGCGGUGCCAUCUGGGUAUCGGCAUCGCAGUCAGUCUUCGUCAAUAGGAUGUUGAUUGCUGUGCCACAAUUCGCGCCUGGCCACCGGUGCAGGAGAGUUGCGAAAAGUUUUGGAUCAGACGAAAUACUAGGAAUCCUCUUGGCUUACCUUACUGGUAUCAGAGCAGCGUAUUUACUAUGUUGUGCUGUAGCAGGUGCUUCUCUACUGGUUGGAGUUUUCCUGCCAUGGAACAGGCUUGAUACAGAUGCUCUAAAGGAGGCCGGAGGGGCCGCAGCAUAG